GCUCAUUAACGGCUGCGGUAAGUGUGGGCAGAAGCCGGGUCCGCGCUGCAUUUCGGGCCCGCGGGGCGGGCAGGACCACACUAAUCCAGAAUGGCAACAUUAAUCUAUGUUGAUAAGGAGAAUGGAGAAUCAGGCUCUCAUGUGGCACCUAAGGACAGGCUGAAGUCAAUCAAAGCCCUAUCUGGAAGAGCUCAGAUUUCCACUCCCAAGGCUGGCAAAGUGUUUACUGCAACUCCAGCUUUAUCUAAAUCUGUCAGAAAGGCUUUGGGACCUGUCAACAGGACAACAGAAAAGGAAAACUUGGUGGGGAAGAGAAAAGAACCCCUCAAACAGAAAGGGCAAAACUUCACUGCCAAAAAGGUCACUGAAAAGAUUCCCACAGAAAAAACCUCGGUUCCGUUCCCAAAUGAAACAUGUCCAGAAAUAGAAAAUUUUUUUCCCUUCAACCCACUAGAAUUUGAGAGUUUUGACAUUCCUGAAGAACACCAACUGGCAAACCUGUCGCUGACUGGUGUCCCUCUCCUGAUGCUUGAGCAGGAGAAGUCACUUGAAAGGCUUGUAGAACUUCCACCCUCACCAGUGCUGAUGCCUUCCAUGACAUGGGAGUCUGAUCUGUUGGAAUCAACUUUGAGCCUUCUGUCAACUGUGGAUGAGAUUGACUUGCCACCUGUGUGUUAUGACUUCCCUAUUUAAAUGUCUUGUUAUUUUAUGGUGUAAUUAUAUAUAAUUUUUGUAUUAAUAAAGCAAUUCUUUAUGUAGUAACUGUA